AUGUCAGAAGGAUUGUCGGUUCUCCUGGUUGGAGAAGGAAACUUUUCUUUCUCAGCGUCUCUAAGUGAAUCGGUUCAUGCUUUAAGAAUCACCGCCACCUGUUUACAAAACGAACAGCAAGCCCUGCUUCAGGAAAACGCUUCACUGAAUAUACAAAGACUUCAAGACCGAGGCUGUCCUGUGCUUUUUGAAGUGGACUGCACACGAUUGGCGGAGCACGAGGUCAUCCGGCGCCACCCGUACGACCGCGUCAUCUUCAAUUUCCCUCACUGCGGACGCAAAAGCGGAGUCAAGAAGAACCGUGCACUGCUGGCUAAAUUCUUCGUGAGCUGUGUCGAAGUGCUCAAGGCCGACGGAGAAGUGCACGUGGCUCUGUGUAACGGCCAAGGCGGCACUCCACACGACAACCCGUUGAGAGAAUGGCACAACAGUUGGCAGGUAGUCGCCAUGGCAGCCGAGGCCGGCCUCAUUCUCGGCGAGAUCCGUCCGUUCGGUCACGUCGAACAUCAAGGAUACAGAUGCACGGGAUACAGGAGUCAGGAUAAAGGGUUUCAUGUGGAUGGGGCACCGAAUCAUAUUUUCACCAGAAGUCUCCCGUACACCGUGCCGGUAAAGCGGAAAAUGAAAACAACAGUCGGAAAAGAGACAGUUUGCUACGAGCUUCCUGAGGAGUUGAGUGAAUAUGUCAACAGGGAUUUCCUCGCCCAGCACUCGUACCACCCCGUCAAACUCGUCCUUGAGCAGCUCCUGAGGGAGAUCAAAUCCUCGUGGCCUGUCUGCACAGUGGGCGGCAAUUUCCCCGAGUUGGUCAGCUGCUCCCAAGAAGAACCCCAGGCCUGGUGCUCGAACCUGAGCUCUUCUGAAAUCUACAGGAUCAAACCAGUAGAAACCCACCCCUGUGAGCGUAGUGGAGGUGGUCAGAGGGACUGCGAGUCCAUGGAGGGGGAAGCGAGCCCCAUCAGCAGCUACGUGCUUCGACCGUCUCUGUUAAUGCACGCUGAGGAGAUUGUCCAGCGUGAUGAUUUCAGUCCGGGAACCUUCCAUGCUCUAAGUGGUCUGGUUUUCCAGAGAGUUCCCAUCUCUCCGAAUUGUUCUCCUGCUUUCCAUCAACUUCUUCUUAUUACUGUUGUACCUUCUGAAUCCCAGCCUAUCCAGCAGGUUCAGAACUGUCUGGAAGCCUUGCUUUCACACUACGACAUCUCCUUUGAGAGCGAGCAAGUAGGUGUGGAACAUCGAGUCCUGAUAAGCUCUCGAGAACUGCCGAAUUUUGGGCAAAUGACAUGCAAGCCCGUCCCUGGAUCCAAACACCAGCUUUGUGAGAGCUCGCUUUUAACCCUGCUGCUGAAUCUGGACCACCUAGCCACCCUUGCUUUUUCAGUCCCAGAUUGGCGCCUACUGUGGAGCGCCGAUCCGCGCUUCCUAGCAUGUUUCCGACCUGGCACGUGGUUGCCCGGACCCUUCCAGGCGUUCUCCCUUUACCCUCCGAGUUACACCCACGACGUGAGCUUUUGGAUAGAACCGGACGUUUACGACGAGCUCGAGUUCCACCGGGCGGUGCGUAUAGUUACGUGCGGAGCAGUCAAGGACGUGCAGCUGGUGGACCGCUUCUGCCACCCGCACAUGGGUCACGCCAGCCUGUGCUACCGCUUGGUGUACCAUUCUCUCGAUCAAGCCCUGUCCCGUAGCAGAGUGCUGGACCUGCAGAAUCGGCUGCGUACGCUGCUUCCUCUCCGUCUGAACGUCACCCUCAGGUGAAUCCAGGUGGUUCCUCUUGCAAGUGUCCACAUACUUUUGGUCAAUGCUCACCCCCAGCCGAGCACAUAUUAAAAUAAUUAUUAAUAUUGUAUUUUAUACAUUUAUUUAUUAUUGUUGUUGAUCUCUGUUUGGAAAUAUGAAAAGAUGUAAAUAUCAGCUGUGGCAUAAUUCUGCAUUAUGACUUAUCAUGAUAAACAGCCAAUCACAUUUCAAUUUUGCGCUUUUGUUAUUUUACGUGAUUUAAAAAGCGUAUUUUUUGUGAUGGUGGUUGAGUGGGUGACGCACAGCAACAUCAGGUAUUCCAGUUUUUCCCCUCUUCCCUGGUACAUGCAGAAGAUGAACUGAUUGCUUUAAAUGCAAUUGGAUUUGAGCGGGUGAGCAAACGUGUAGGUGUGUGGUCAUCUAUGAGAAAGUGGUGCCUAUUUAGAGGUGUGGUUUUGCCUUGUGCCCUGUGUUCCCAGGUGAUGUAUUGCUGGACUCAUUUUUAUUCUCGUAAGGCUGAAACGACUGCAACUAAUAAAAACUA